AUGGCAACCCUACAGCCCGAAGAUGUUUUCGCACCGGUUCUUCAUACCAAUCGCCUUGCUCUUACACUCUUUAACAUGAAUGACGAGGACGACCUUGAUUUCGUGGUCAUGAUGUUCAACAUGGAGAUGAGUGGAGGUGGUCCCACAGACGGUAAUUGGACCGGCAAAGACAUACGCCGUCUAAGCUACUCCCUCAUGCUGAAACCAUCCGAUACCCAUGGCCGCCUCUCGAAAGGUCCUGCCAUAUAUCUCGCGCGCUUGGAAGGUGCCGCAGGACCACGCAUCGGUGUCGUUAAUCUCUGUCGGCGCACACCAGAAGUUCCGAUCGACUUGGGGUACAUGGUUUUGCCAGAGCACCGAAAACGCGGUUACGCCACCGAGGGCGCAACCAGGGUCCUUCGCUAUAUUACGGAAGACUUUGGCAUCAAGGAAAUCUGCCUUGUAACGGAUGAUUCGAAUAUUCCGUCGAUAAAGAUUGCCGAAAAGCUAAACAUGGUGGAUGGCGGAUAUGUCACGAUGAACGGCCACAAGUGCCUUGUUUUUGUAUUGCCGGGUAUGAAGAAGCUAGAGGGACAAGAGUUUACGUUUUGGGGAGAUGGUGAGGAGCCCUCCGUGUAA